AUGCCCUUAAAACUUGACUUAGAAACAAAUACAUAUAUGAGCAAAGAAAAAAAUCAAUGUCAGCAAUCACGACAACAAAUCAAAGGAAAUCCCCAAAAAGAAAUAAUAUCUAAAAAGUGCUUAAUUAGUGUUUUGGAAUGUAUUGAAUAUCUGAAAGACAAUACUGAGCAGUUCGGCCUGUUCUACCAACUGGGUUCUAGAACAAGAGCUCGAGAUAUCCUAUCUCGAAUAGAAAGAGGCGACCAAGACAUUUUGCAAUCGUUAAGAACACAUGGAGGCCCUUUGGAAGUGGCCUCAGCUCUAAAGACAUUUUUGGUGGGUCUGAGAGCACCCUUGAUGCCUGCCAGGGUACAAGAAUUAAUAGUCGCCGACAAUGCAGGCGUCUCCACGCGUACGGUGGCCUUAGACGCUCUAGGACUGCUCAGCCAAGAGACUCCGUCCAGCAGGCAGAGGACGUUACUUUUGUCUCUUUUAGGACUGUUGCAAAAAAUUAGCAACAACGCUAAUAGUAACAACACCCUGGGCGAACUGGAAGGAUCGCAUGCUGCACUGGUCAUGCUUCCAGUCUUUUUCAACUUUACGGUGGAUGUACUGCCACACUGGAGACGAAUAGCCGCAGUUUUCAAUGAAUUAUUAAUAUGCGUCCCAGGAUUAGAUGAUCCAGAGAACUCUGACAGCAUUAUACGUACAUUGGCGGAGCGACCUAGUGGCGAUUUGAGCAUUGACAUUCAACCUAUACCUGAUCCAUUGGUUCGUGUGCAGGAUCAGUACAGGCAAUUGCGACAAAAUCAGCAGAACAACAACGCUAUCAUUAGUAUGGGAACGACUAGCCGAAGAUGCAGCGGUUGGGUUCGUUUAUCAAUUAGCGAUCCAAAGCAGCAAAAUAAUGAAAAUUCGAAGAACAAACCAACUGAUCCGAAUAACAAAGAAAACGAAGGUUCAAAACCAACUGGCUCUACAAAUACUGGAAGCUCUCAAGGCAAUACUCCAAAUAAAACUAAUGCCAAUCAUAAUGGUCCCCAAUCGAUUGCAAUUAUAGAUGUUCCCAUCAAUUGCCCCGAAGGUUUUCGACCAGAUCCUAGAGGAAUUUGUAGAGAGAGUUUUUAA